UGUGCUGUCGCACCGUACCAAUCACAUCCGAUCACAAUGUCCGCCGCAAGCCCCCUCUUCUGGAACGGCCCUCUCCGAUACCUCAAAUGGGCCUCCGUCAAUAAGCCUGCGUAUUUCUACUCCAUCAUCGUCGGCUGCAUCGGACCCGUUAUGGUCGUUACCGUUCCCCCGAUCCGGAGGUACCUUGGAGAAGAGCAGAUAGCGAAGAUUCCUUUGACAUAUCCGAGUACGUGCGAACCUUGCCCACUGAGUCUUUCUUCGCGAGAAAGAUAGAGCGAUCGGAAUCCAGAGUUAUUACUACGACUUGCCGGGCGAAACAUGUUGUCAAAGGAAGUUUCCGUGGAUUUUUGCUAACAGGAGACAGUUCCCAAAGGACCACGACCGAGGCCAGAGGGUUUCGAUGAUUAAGCGCGCUGCAAGGGAGAUAUGAUGCAACAACUUUUUGGAGGGCUCGGAGGCAAAAUUGCCAUGGUCAGCGAACCAUAGAGGAAAACACCAAAUACGGGACAUUCGAAAUUAUAUCUUGAGAUUAAAGUCCAAGAAUAGGCAUAAAAGCCAUGUACACAAACUUUUCCUUAUCAGCUGAAUGAAUCACAUUUAGCCAAUAUUGCUUCAAGCUCCUCUAUUUAGCUAUUCGAAAUAUCCUUGAAUGUGCC